UCUCCGUCUUGUCAGACCCACACGUUUUUGGAUUUCGCAUAUUUUUGUUAUAUUUUAGCGAUGUCGUCUAAACGAAAGAGAGCCGAUGUGAACAAAAAUGAAGAAAUAUUGACCAGCGGUGUGGAUUUAUUUGUGGAUGCUCCGGCAGAUGAAGAGGAUGCUUCUGAAAACAGUGAUGUGGAUGAUCAAGAUGCUAAGGUUGGUGAGGGGUCAGAUGACUCAGACUCCAGCCAGUAUUCAGAGUUGGAGGAGGAGGAGGAGGAGGAUAUGUCAGAUGAGAGCAGCAAUGAAGAUGGGGAUGAAAGUGAUGAUGAAGACUCAAGUGACGAAGAAGACAAUGAUGAUGAUGACUUAGUUGAUACAAAGCCAACCAUGUUGUUUGACAAUGAUGAUGACUUAGCUGAUAUAAAGCCAAUCAAGUUGUUAGGCAAUGAUGAAAGUAAACCAUCUGCCUCGAAAGUUAAUUUUGAUGAGUAUGCUGAAGAUUCGUCAGAUGAAGAGGAUAUCCGUAACACCGUGGGUAACAUCCCGAUGGAAUGGUACAAGAAUUUCAAACACAUUGGCUACGAUGUUGAGGGACGACGCCUGAUUAAACCACAGCAGGGAGAUAACUUGGAUGACUUCCUGAAUAAAGUUGAUGAUCCUAACUACUGGCGUACAGUUUACAACAAGUUGACCGGUCAGAACAUUGUGCUGAGCAAGGAGGAUGUUGAGUUGAUACAGAAUCUACAGAGAAAGAAACAUCCAACACUCGCUAAUGAGGAACAAUAUGAGCCGUGGGUAGACUGGUUUUCCAGUGAAGUGAUGAUUCACCCCCUUUCAAACCAGCCCGAACACAAGAGGAGCUUUAUACCCUCCAAAUGGGAAAAACUCAAGGUGGGUCAGAUGGUGCAUGCCCUGAAGAUGGGCUGGAUGAAACCUAGCAAGCCAGAUGAUGAAAAAGAUGAGGAGGAGGAUGAUGAGCCAAAUUUCUACAUGAUCUGGAAUGAUGACGAUGACUCUGAGAUGAACAAGCGAUACCGCCAGCAUAUCCCGGCACCAAAGACAUCACUGCCUGGGCACGCAGAGAGCUACAAUCCUCCACCAGAGUAUCUGCUCACUAAAGAAGAGGAAGAGCGUUGGAAAGACAAAGACCCAGAGGAUAGAAGAGUCAACUUCAUACCCAAGAAGUUUCCUAACCUUCGAACUGUUCCUGGUUACUCAACAUUUAUACAGGAGAGGUUUGAGCGAUGUCUGGAUCUGUACCUGUGUCCAAGACAGAGGAAAAUGAGGAUGAAUGUUGAUCCAGAAGAUUUGAUACCCAAACUGCCCAAACCCAAAGACCUUCAGCCUUUCCCUACCACACAGUCAUUGAUCUACAAGGGACACACAGGCAUGGUACGUUGUGUGACAGUUGACCCUAGCGGUCAAUGGAUAGCGAGCGGUGGAGACGAUGGAACUGUCAGGGUUUGGGAAGUUUCAACAGCCCGGUGCUUGAAGACGACGCUUGUCCAUGGAGGAGGGAAAGUCAAGUGUAUAGCAUGGAAUCCAAACCCUGCUGUAUGCCUGGUUGCUGUUGUGAGCGACCGAAGUGUAAUGCUGCUGAAUCCAGGGGUCGGAGAUAAACUCCAGCUGUCCAAUACAGACACCAUGCUGGAACAGACACAGCCUGUUGACAACCAAGAUGCCAAGGUGCCAGUUGCGUGGAACGUGUGUGAAGGGAAAGAGUUUGAAGCUGGCUUCCGACUGAAUCUCUCACACGGACACGACGUCUCCCAGGUGACAUGGCAUUCCAAGGGAGACUAUUUCGCCACGGUAAUGCCCCAAGGACAAUCGCGAUCCGUGCUUAUACACCAGUUGUCACGGAAACGCUCACAAAACCCGUUCUCCAAGUCCAAGGGCAUUGUACAGUGUGUGAGAUUCCAUCCACUGAGACCUUUCCUGUUUGUUGCAACGCAGAGGUUUGUGAGAGUGUACAACCUGCUGAAACAAGAGCUGAGCAAGAAGCUGAUGACCAACUGCAAGUGGGUGUCCAGUCUUGCAGUGCACCCUGAAGGUGAUAAUCUGUUGAUCGGCAGCUAUGACAGCAGGUUGAGCUGGUUUGACCUGGACCUUUCCACUAAACCAUACCAGACGCUCAAACACCACAAGAAGGCGAUUCGUCAAGUGUGUUAUCACCGUCGUUACCCGCUGUUUGCCUCUGUCAGCGAUGACUGCUCCAUCAUUGUGUGUCACGGAAUGGUCUACAAUGAUAUGCUACAGAACCCAUUGAUUGUACCAGUGAAGGUGUUACGAGGACACACGCCAGAAAAAGAUGUUGGCAUCCUAGACUGUGUGUUCCACCCGACUCAACCCUGGAUUUUCUCUGCAGGGGCAGACUCAACCAUUAGACUGUUUACUUGAGAUUGGCCGUUUUACUGUGUUAUAUAAUAUGAACUGUCAUUUUACCGGUAAAUUUUUGCUGGGAUAAGGAUGAAAAUUGUGUUCACAUGCUCUCGGUUGGUUCAUUGUGUAAAUAGAAAAUAUGAACUGUUGUCGUUUUGAACUCUUAAGGGAUAAAAAGGUGAAUAUUGUGGAUGUUUUAUCCUUGUUAGUUCCUUGUGUUAUAUAGAGUACUGUAAUUGUUUUGAAAUCUAAUGCUUAUAAACAAAAAGUUUCAGAAUUAAAUGAUGAAAAAAGUACACAAUAAUAAGAUUUGUACAUGAACGACCAGGUUGAUAAAUUCAUUCUUUGUAAAUUUGGUGUGAAAUAAAUUGUUAGGUGUCAUUUUGCACAACCAAGAGAAUCAAGGCGUCCUUUUAUCAGCAAUUAAUAGUAUAUCUUUACUUUGCUGGAACCCUAGGCGACUUGAGUAUCAAGACGUCACUUUCAUCAGCAUUCAACCUGUUCUUGUCACAAUGAUGUACGUGUAAUAGCUAUGCUCCAAGUAAUAAACAUUUCAUUUGUGAAACAGGUCUUGUACUAUAUAUUGAUGAAGACUUGAACUAUAUAUAUGGUCCUGGUUGCAUCAGCAAUAACAAGAGCACUGCGGAGAACUACUUUGUGUGAUUUAAGCCGAACGAGGGGCAUGACUACAAUUAGUAUAUCCAGAGUUUUUGGCUUUCUGCCCAUGGGACAAUAUAUUGUCACUAGUCAAUACAUUGUCACUGUUAAAAUGUGAAAAUGGUUUCAUGAUUUUGUAAUGAGUUUCGUGUCAUAGCCAGUGUUAACGUUCUAGUACAACCAUGUUAACAAUUUGGGUUAAAACCAGCUUUGUUUUGCCAGUCAGAAUAAUGUGCUAUUUGUAUUGCUCCUCGAAGAAUCCAUGUUUUUGUCCACUCAUCUAUUUCAAUUUUAUGCCUGCAUUAAAUCUUUUGGACCAACUGCAGUAUUUUGAAAUAAGUUGACAUGCGUAAUACAUCAAUUAAAGGUUAAUAUCCAGAACUCCUAGCUUGAUAAAAGGAUUUCUAACUGCUAAAUUUAAACAUUCAGCCAAUCGAACAUAUACAAAUAAUAGCACAUACUCCAAAUAUUAAUGUCGAUAAAACGCCAAUCAUGUUGGACAAUGAUGAUGACUUAGCUGAUACAAAGCCGACCAUGUUUUUGGACAGCGAUGAAAGUAAACCAUCUGCCUCGAAAGUUAACUUUUAAAGGACCUCGUUGUACAUAUGUAUAUAAUGAUAAAAUUUUCGAGGAAAAUGUAUUAUGAAAAUGUCUUAUUGCCACUGAUGUCUGUUUUAUGUGAUCUUGUUUGCUGUUAAAUCAAACAUACUUUAAAAUUAAGAUCAGCUAAAUCUCUGAUAGCUCCAUUAACCUUAAUGUAACAUUUCGAUGCCUGGUGAUCCCAUAUAAUUUUGGUAUAAUUUAGGAGAGAUAUGAUUGCUGAUAACUGAUUAUAUAUGAACAAAAACAGGGUAUAUAUUAAGUUACAAGUUUUUAUAUUUGUUCUUUAUUUCAAAUUUAAUCGGAAUUAAAUGGAUUGAGCUAUUUUGCAAUCUUUGACGGUACUAAAAAACUGUUUUGCUAUAAAAAAAAAUCGGUUUUGGGGUUUUCUUUUUUGCACACAAAACCCUUUAAAACGAUAUCAAAAUAAUAUGAGGUCAUUUGGCAUUUAAUAAUAACAAAUUUGUUCUUUGGAUUCCUUAUCAUAAAGAAAUUGGAUGGUAAUUCAUGUAUGUUGUUUGUACUUUAAAUUAUCAUUGCAAACUCGAGAGUUGUACUAUGCACUACAACUGUUUGUAUAAUGAAACACUCAACAAAAUAAGUUAAGGGUCACCUAUUGUAGAAAUUGUUCAAUAACUGUCAUCGGCCAAAAAAAUAAAGUUUAAGGAAGGUUGCUAACAGAAAUAUCGAUGAAGACAUGAAAGUGUAGGAAAGUAUAGGCCAGAGUAUGUGAACACAAUCUGAAUGUAAAAUAUGUUGUUUAAAACACUGACCCUUGAUUAUUUUUGUUGAGUUUAAUGUAUGCUAUUUACAGCUUAUUAACUAAAAUAUGCUUACAUAAAGGUGUUAGUAUGAUUUAUAAUA